AUGCCCAAGAUGGAGGCGGUUUGCGUGAACCUGUCAUGCAACAUGCGCAGUAGAGAGCGGAGAGAACUGAGAGGAGCGGCUGUUGUGUGCGAGCAAAGAGCGCGCUUUCCUCGCUGCCACAGCAUCCAGGCCCCCACCCAUACCAGAGUACACGUCAUCCAGGCCCCCUCCCCUCUCCGAGUGGCCAUCAUCAAGGCCCCCUUCCCUCCCCGAGCGCGCAUCAUCCAGGCCCCCUGCCGUGCACAUGCAUCACUCACUCGUCUCUUCUUGCAUAUGCUCACACGCUUACAUACGACAGGUUGA